AAAUUUAAUAUUAUUUUAGAUAUAAUUGUAUUUCACUGUUCUUUUUUUUCAUUGACGAAUAUAAUUAAUUUCAUUAAUUUUAAUUAUUGCAAUGCUCAAUGCACGUGGCGUAGGUUAUGGUUUUUUUCAUUUUUUUCUCGUAAGGAAAGCACAUUUAUCUCCUGAUUGCUCAAUGUUGAUGGACAACAACAGUAAAUCAGUGCUUCUGAUUUCGAUUCUCAUAAAUGUUUCGUGAAACAUUUUAACCUCUCAAAGUGUUCGGAAAUUCGAGAAGUUUUUUUUUUUUUAAAUUAAAAAUUUAGUGCCAUUUAAAGUUUUGAAAAAAGAGGAAACAGAAAUCUGGUUAAUAAUUAACAGUUAUUAACUAAUAUUUGAUAAGUCAUUUUUAUUUCUUUUUUUUAAAUAAUUAUAAUUAAUUAUUUUAGUUUUUUAAAGUAUAAGUAUAAAAGUUUUUUAAAAAAAUUUUUUUUGUUUCGCGUUGCCGGUAUUUGGAAAUUUUUCUUUUUUUUGUCUCUAAAUCGUGAAAUAAUGUCGAUUCAACCAAAAUCAUUUUUACCAAAAAUUGUCGAAGUUGAUGAGCCACCUUGUCGGCAGUCAAAUUCUCCAAUAACGUUUUUCUCGCCGAUUACAAAUAUAGUGCGUGCUUUGAAUAAUUCCAACUUGAUCUCUGAUGAUUCUCCAAAAAGUACACAAAGUCGUCUCGGCAAAAGUGCCGAAAAAUUGAAGGAAUUGGUGAGGAAGAAAUACACAGACGCGAAAGAGACAACGGUCAGCAAAGACUUAUUCAAAAAUGCUUUCAAAAUUAAGAAUUCUCCACUUGCUGAGAAUGCACUGAAGUCUAGUGUGAAAUCUCGCCGUCUUCUGGGGAUGGCGUCACGUCCUCGUCGUUUAUCGACUAGUCCGGAGACUGAGUUACCGACACUUGAUAAGGAGAAUGGAAGCGCCAUCUCGUGUCCUUUGAAUGAGAACUCCAGUCCGCAGAAGCUUAGCGGAAGUAAACUGGCGAAAUCACGUUGCCCGCUUGAGGAUUGCGAUCCAAACAGCCAGGACAGCGGAUAUGGAUGCACCGAACGAGAUGAGAAGUCAGACGAUGGCUUCCAAUUCGUGGAACCUUUGGGAGUGGCACCACGACGAAUGUCCAUCGAGUGCAGGAGUCCAAUGCAAUCGCCACUGCGUUCGUCGCCGAACCGGAAACGAGUGUCUAGGCCCUCGCUCUUCAGGAGUCUUUCCUCUGGGUACGAGAGCACCGACGAUGGGUUCAAUGACCUCAUUGACAUUGAAGCUCUCGACGAUGCCACUCAAUUGCCGACCAACAUUUCGAAUCUCCUCUCGGGCCACAUCGUCGUCUCCGAAAGGUCCAUGGACACAAGUGAAUCGACAACGCCCGAAUUUCCCCGCACCAAGUCCUCCAAGUCGUUACGAAGGUCACUCUCCUUCCAGAACGAAAGAAUGGAGAAGAACACAACACCAACAUUCUCCAAAGUGCGUUCCUGUCUGUUUCGCUCACCGAACGCAAGUUCCUCGGCCUCGAAACUCUCCUACGAGGAGACACGUCGUGAAUGUUUCUCACCCGAGUCGCCCGACGUCCUCGGACCAAGAUCUUUCAAGAGGCCACAACCACCAGUGGACACGAGUCCAGUGCUAGUCAAACGUUCCCGCAAAUCGACCAGUUAUCAAGAUUUAGCCGAAACCACGAGUCCAAAACCAUGUUUGCAGAGGAGCUUCUCCGAAACUGAGGCCCACAUAAAAUCGGCAAUUCAUCGCAGCAUCAACGACGCCGAUCUCACCGGCGAUUUCAGCAAAACGUGCAUUCUCCCCCUAGCCACCGGCAACCACGAGGAUCUCAAAUCAAUAACCUCUCAAACAUUGACAGACCUCAUGAACGACGAAUUCAAGGAUUGCAUCAACGAUUAUAAAAUCGUCGACUGCCGAUACCCCUAUGAAUACGAAGCCGGACACAUUAAAGGAUCACUAAAUCUCUACACACGCGAACUUAUCGAGCAAUUCCUCCUCGAGCCAUUGAAGCACAAACCUGAAAUUGAGCCCGACUCGAAUAAGCGGAACAUUCUUGUGUUUCAUUGUGAAUUCUCAUGGGAGCGUGGACCGAAUCUUUCCCGUUUUCUGAGGAAUUUGGAUCGUCAAAGGAAUAAGGAGCACUAUCCCGCAUUACACUAUCCAGAACUCUAUCUUCUUCAUGGUGGCUAUGAGAAAUUCUACCGGGAACAAAGGGAUCUCUGUACCCCACAAGGGUAUCGUCCAAUGAGAGAUCCCAAUCACGAAGCCGAUCUUCGUCAAUUUCGCAGCAAGAGCAAAAGUUGGCAAGGUGAAAAAUCAAGAAUCAAUGGAUCGACCGCCAGGGCUAAUUUAAAACGUCUUGGUCUGUGAAGAGAAUUUUUUUUUUCGUGAUGAUCAAAUUUUUUUAAAUUGAUUCAUCAACGUUUUCCUCAAAAAAAUCGUUGAUGAAUCAAAAAUUUCGUGAAUCGAUUUUUAUCGUCGUUAAUUAAUCGUUUUACGUAAAUUUCUUUUUCGUAAAUCGAUUUCUUAAUAUGUUUUGUGAAACUGGAGAAAUCAUGAAGUAUUUCCUUUUUUUUUACUCUAUUUUCUAGCUUUAUAUCAUGACACUUUAAAGUAUAUCCCGGUUUUUAAAGUCUCGAGUUUCACGCAUAUAAUAUAUAUAUAUUUAUAUUUUGUAAAAAAAGAAUUAUCACUGCCACGCGGACAAAUUACUACUCCAAGUUCAAACGUUCCAAGCUUCAAGUGCAAAAAAAAAGUGAGAGAAUUAAUUUGGAUUCCUCUCCAAGGGAAGAGUCCUCCGCGUUGUAUUGUAUUUUUGUAAAUAGUCACCGACUUGAGGCGUACAAUUUUCCAAAAAUUUCCCUCUUUAAUUUCAUUUUUCCAAAAAAAAAAUAUUCAUAGAAUAUUUGUCAAAUUUAAAAUUUGCCAAACAAUUUUUCCCACUCUCUUGCAAAUUUAUAAUUCUACAUAUUUUUUGUAAUUAUAACAAUUACAGUAAUGAAUUUUCUAAAAUAAGUCACUAAAUUUUUAUUUUGCCUAAAAAAAAAAAUAAUUGGAAAAAAAUUGCUUCUAAUUUGGCGAAAUAAAAAUAAUUUUGGUUAAAUGAAUUAAUUUGAUAAUUAUUGGAAUAAAAGUACGUCUCAGACUCAGAUUAUGAAUUAGUUUAAAAACAAGUUCUAGUUACAAGGAAAUGUAAAAGCGCUUAUUAUCUUAUUAGAGAAAGAUAUUUGCCGGUGUCGCCUUUAAAUUUAGUAUUAUGUUUUUGAAAAAUUUAGAGAAAAAUUGAAAAACGAAAGAAAGAGGGGAAUAUAAUGAGAUUGCAAUAAUAAAUCUGAGUCAAUUUUUUUUUUUAGGGAAAGAAUCGAAAGUCAAGAAAAAAAGUUAGUAAAUUGCGUAUAUUUAAAAAAAAACAAAUUUCAACUUAAAAAUUAUGUUUUAGUUGGAACAUUUUUUAUUUUCUUUCGGAAACGAGAAAAUAUUUCGAUGAAAAAAUUAAAAAAUAAAUUUCCGACAGUAAUUUAAUAAUGUCUCUACGAAAAAAAUUUAUUAUAAUGCAAAAAAAAUUCAUUACUGUCGGAAAUUCAAUUGCAAAACUAACUUUUUUUCAUUUUUUUUUGACAUUCUAUUUGAUUUUUUCUUCAUGGUUCAGAAAAUAGGACUUUAGGACUGGAUUAAUAAUAUGUGUCGCAAAUAUUAUAAUGCUUCAUUGAUGAUUUUGGGCGGGCAUCCCACUUGUACAUAAGCGACACAUGAAUUUUUAGUGCAGUUCUAAAUAUGAAAAAAAAACCACUCACGGAUUUUUAUCUUCGCGAGCCGUGAGUGGUUUGGGUUUCGGUGCAAAAUUAUUUUUUUUUUUUCGAUAGCGAAAGAUUUAGUCAGUAUUUACUUCCUUACGUUCGAUUGUACAAUUCAGUUCGAUAUUUAUUAAAUAUUUAUAAAAAAAAAAA